UAGGUGCAUACAACAUUAUAAUACAACUAGUUAGAUUUUACAUUCUGGCUUAUGCUAGAUCAUGGCGGGUUGUCAAAUCAUCGCUUCAAUCCGUGAUUCAAAGAUACCAGUUAGCAUACUGUCCUUCAUACUGUCAGCAAAAACCAUAAAGAAUUCAGAAACAUUGUGCAGCGAGCAACAGUAUGCUCCAUUCUACGCAGAAUUCAGUACUUGCUAUGCUGGUUAUUGAUUUUAGAACUUACACAAACACUAUACAAAUGAAUUUGUACUAGACAGUAGGCACCAAUUCGGAGCACCAAUCUUGUUGUCAUUUUCAUCAUUGAUAUUCACAAAGCGUGUGUGUACAAAUAUUAAAGACGUGCGCACUUGUUUUCAUGCGUCUGUUAAAUUUGUAAUAAGAAAUGGCUAAAUUAAUUACACUUUACUUUUGCUAUAAAAAUAUGAAAAGAGGUACAUGAUACAAUAUAAUUUUAAAUUUUUAAUACAUACAGCAAUAUAUAUAAUUUUUACGUAUUGCAUUUAAAAUACAUAAAAAGGAAAAAUGCAGUCCAAUAAUAUUUUGUUAACUUGGAACUCGUGUAAAAAAGAAGUGCUCAAAGGAUUUACACAUUUACUAAAGAAUGGAGAGUUCGUCGAUAUGACAUUUGCUGCAGAGGGUCAAUUUAUGAAGGUUCAUCAGAACUUGGUAGCUCUCGCCAGUCCAUACAUAAAACAGUUACUGCAAUCUGCGCCAUGCCCUCAUCCAAUAAUAUUUUUGCACGAUGUGAGCCACGAAGUUUUAAAUUAUAUAAUUGAGUAUAUAUAUUCUGGUGAAGUGCAAGUACCCGUAGAAACGUUAGAAUCGUUUAUAAAAAUAUCGAAAGAUUUGAACAUUAAAGGGAUUGAACAUUUCUCGUCUGCGCAAAAACAGGGAGAAAAUAUCGGCAUAGCGGUAAAGUCGGAAUCAAAUAAUAUAACGCAUGAUAUUCAAAACAGUGAUAUUACAUUGCAAGAUUUAAUGGAUAUCAACGAUUUUCCAUCUGCAGAAAAACAAAAUAUAGACUUGUUCUCAAGCAUGGAAUCAAAUAAUAGAUUAUAUGAAACUCAAACGAACCACCUAAAUUUACAUCAGGACGAAUAUGACGAUCUCGCCAAGCUUUUGAGUGAUAGUUACAAUGAAGGCGGCUUAAAACAUAUCGAUUACAAUGAUGCUUGUCUUUUAUUCGAUAGCAUCAAUCAAAACACCACAUUUGAGAAUAUUAACUAUACAUGUGAAGAUAUUGUACGAAAAUAUAAUAUUGAUAAUUCUAAGACCAAAGAUUUAGACUGCGGAGCUCAAGAAAAGUCUUUUGACAGUCUAUUUGAUAUAGAUAUUCCAGAUCUAUUCUCUAUCAACACGUUCAAUAUCGACAUUGCAUGUGAAGGAAAGAAAGAAUGUGAUGUUGAUAAAAGCAAAGGCAAAGAAAUAAUACCAAUUGAAAAAUCCCUGUGCGUACAGCAUGAAAAUUGGAAUAAAAAUAUAAAUUAUCCUACAAUUGACCUGGAUGCUUUAAUGUCUUAUACACUGCGAACCAAUAAGGACUUAGAACGGAGAUGUCUGUACAGUUUUUCCAACAGAGGCGCAAUCCAAUUAAUUUACGAUAACUAUAUAUACUCCAUAAUAUAUGAAUCCCAAUCGGGUCACAUUCGUCGCUGGCGAUGCGUCGAUUACCGCCGGGUACAUUGCAGAGCACGUCUUGAUACGGAGAACCAAAUUCUGACAGUCAGGGUGAGGGACCACAAUCACGAGAAUCAUAAUGACAAAAUCUUACAAAAAUUUAAGGUAAACAAGAUUUUUCUUUCAGAUGUGAUUGUUGAAGAACUAUAAAUUAAGUACUAUUGUAAUAUUAAUAAUGGAGCAUUCUGAAUGUGUGUAGGUAAAAUAAUUUGUCAGGAGUAUCUGAAUAAUAUUCUACAUAUCUAUCUAGGUUAAAAGGUGUUCAAUAUACAUACCUGCUUAAAUUAAGUAUCCGUGUCUAUACAUGAAAUGUUUUUGAAACCCGAAAUAUGAGAGGAAUACGCAUUUAAGGAAGUAAAUAAGUACUUUACAACUUUUGAAUCUUUAUGUCCUUUAAGAACCGCAUGCGCGUGGUGUGAAAAGUAUUUUUUUUUUCUCGACCUCGUUACUUUUUACGUUUUGAAGUUUCGAAAGUCAUGUGAGGUACCUAUAGUGCAGCCAUACUCAACCUUUUUUAUUAGGGCCAAAAAACGUUUCAGUCAUGGGAUCCCGGGCUGCAAGCGAGAAAUUAUUAGGUCAUAAAUAAAACGUAAAUCAAAGGUAACGAUGUAUUUACUUUCCUUAUGAGAAGAAGAUAGAAACCUAUAAGUAGAUACUUUCACUUCUUUUUAAGACAUGGUAAUCUUGACGACAAGAAAUUACUAGCUAGUUUUUUGUCUUUUAGCUCCGACCCCCAAAUCACUCGUUCUCUUAGAGGCGCGAAAUUUAAAAUAGAACGGAGCAUAGGAACUUCAAGCGGGCCAAUCAAAAAGCCCGGCGCGGCGGGCCGCAGGUUGAGUACAGCUGCUAUAGAGCCUCACUUAGACUAUUUGUGAACAUAACUCGCAGAAUGACUUGGCAAAUCAUUCGUGCACGAAUAUGCCCACUGGCCACGUAAAGACCCGUAUAUAUAUUAUACUUACUUAAUUAUAUUCGUCUAUAUUCAAUAGCUAUCUUUCAAAUGUGGAUGACGUGCAACUUACUGCUAAGGCUUAAGUAUAAAUAUUAGAUCUCAUAUCACUCUCACAAAUAUCACGCACAUCGAGCUAAAUAAGAAAGAAGAGACAAGUUUGUAAGUUAUUUAUAAAAAUGACAUAAUUUAUUUUAUCUUUUUACAUACUUACUUACUCGUAAUUUUUAUUGUAAAUUUGUCUUGGUGUGAAAUAGAAAUCUGUACGCGACGACCCCAUAUAUGACUGGAUUAUGAGGUUUGCGUACUGAGUUAACCGGGGUCCUAGACUGAAUUCAUAAUCAGGAAAUUGAUUAACAUUAACGGUGUAGCAUGUUAUAUCACGAUGAAGAAUAAAAUUGACAAUAAUAAAUACAUGAAAUAUAAGUUUUAGUUCUUAUAACCAUUCAUUCAAUCCACCGGAAUGUAUAAACCCGUUGAACAAUUGCUUGCCACAAACUUCAAAGUCAACUGAACAAUAACGAAUACGUAUCAUACACCGCGCACGAAUACAGACGGAUAAUCCUUUAAUUCGAGCUAAAAAAAACUUAACACCGUGCCGAGAGCCGAUAACGGGCGAAUAUUUGUCGAGUGUAACAAAAUAUACACCGAAUAAGCUGUUUACUUAUUCAUAUUUGGGCUUAUUCGUCUUUACUCGGCAAUUAUCUAAAUAAUGCAGAAUACAAACAAAAACUACUUACUUACCAACCUAAUUAAUUUUAAUUCUUAUGCACACAAAAUAUUAUAUCGAAUUAUACCACAUCACUACUGUUACUUAUGUGGUAAAAACUACCUACUUACUGAACUGAUUUCACGAAAUUUAGAUUUACUAAAAACUCUUACCUAAAAACCAUUUUGAUAGGUACAUAGGUCUGUAUGAAACAGACUUAGAAUUAAAUAUUCAAUAGGGAAGCUUCCAUUUUUUUUUAUAAAUCACAUCAAAUUUACAAACAAUUAUGGUGAAAUUAUUUUUAAUUAUCUUGAAAAUUGAUGAAGGUUUGACACAUUUCCGAUUCUAUGUGUUUCGGCGCGCAGCCCGCUAUACGGGGCUAAAGAUGCACUAUGGGCGAAAAAACCAGAAUCACUUUCACAGGAAUUUUGAAAAUUUUUUCGCGGUUUCUCAAGCUGAUAAUGAGGUAAUGUUAAAAUCGUUGUAGCAUUAAAUAUUAUUAUUAUUAUGUUAAUGUUAUUUUAAUACGAUAAAGAAAAAUGGAUUAUAAAUUUCAAACGUAAUUUACUUAAACGGGUUUAAUUUCGUCAUAACUUUUAUUGGUUAACAGACGUUAGGCUGAAUUUUUUUGAUAUUAUUAUAUAGGCCCUAUUAACUUUCAAAUAUAU